AUGAGCAUUGCUGAAUGGAUGAUCAAAUCCAAAACCCAAUUUACAAAUGGAGGAACAGUUGACAAAUAUAUCAUGGAUGAGGUUGUAAGAUUUCCAAUUGAACAACUUUACAAGGUGGCGGCUCAAGGUCAAAUUACAGGAGAGUGUCUGAUUGACAUUUCUGUUGGCCCGUAUAUUUAUCACCUGUUGCCAAUUUUUGAGUAUUUCAAAGACGUCACUAUUUUAGAAUUUAGUGAUCUCUGUGUGAAAGAACUAGUGAAAUGGAAGAAUAAGGAGUCCGAAAGCUAUGACUGGACUCAUGCCUUUUUGAUUAUGGCAGAAUUGCAAGGUACAAGCUUCAAAGGGGAGGAAAUAGAAAACGCUUUAAGAAGAAAAAUUUCGCGCAUUUUGAAAUGUGAUUUCGCCAAGGAAAACGUUACAGAUCCGGUUGUUUUACCAAAAGCUGACUGCGUGCUCAGUAUGUUUGUCUUGCAUGCGGUUUCUGAAGACCAUGACGAAUACGGCAGGAACCUGAAAACAAUUGCAUGCAUGCUAAAACUGGGUGGGCAUCUGCUGCUAUUUGGAGUAUUCAAUGCAAAAUUCUACUCUGUAGGCGAGAGUAAAUUUCACAUAUUACCAUCUGAUGAAAAGUCCAUAAAGAAGGAUCUGAGAGAAGCAGGAUUUGUUAUCGACCACCUGGAGGUGGUAGAAAGCAAAAUACGCAAUGAGUCAAUAUAUUGUGAACAUGUCUGGUUUAUUAAGGCCUUAAAAGUAAGCAAUGUAGUUGUAUAA